CCAAAAUUAAUCAUAAAUCCUGACAGUAGUAGAUAGAUCGUGUUCCCUCCCUUUUCAUUUACUUUCUCUCUCUAAAACGGAGUUGUUUUUAGAGAGAGAAACCACCACGGCGAUGGCUAUCCACCGUCGGCGCCACCACCACCACAACACUCAUAACCGGUUCCGUUACCUUAUUCCGGCUAUUUCUGUAAUUUCCGCUGCUAUUCUCAUCCUGUACGGUUUCAUCUCCCUGCUUGCACCUUCCCCUGACCAUCCCCACCAUCUUGUACGGCGGAAGACGUCCGAUGAUGACUCACUUCUAGUUCAUUCACUCUUCAAAGUUCCGAUCAGUGGUGGGAUGGGAAAUGAUCGAAGUUUAUGGAAUACAAGGAUGUCGAAAUUUUAUUUUGGAUGUAGUAAUGCCAGCAAUAAGUUUCCAAAAGUGGAAACAGUCACAUAUCCUAAUCGAUACCUAUUGAUAGCCACAAGUGGGGGUUUAAACCAACAACGAACUGGGAUUACAGAUGCUGUUGUUGCUGCACGUAUUCUGAAUGCUACUCUUGUUGUUCCAAAACUAGACCAGAAGUCUUUUUGGAAGGAUGCUAGUACUUUUUCAGAGAUCUUUGAUGUUGAGUGGUUUAUAUCACAUCUAUCAAGAGAUGUGAAAAUUCGUGUACUCCCUGUGCUUUUGAAGAAACAUGCUGUUCAGCUGAGCAAAUUUGAUUACAGACUUUCUAACAAGUUGGAGACUGAUUUGCAAAAGCUUAGAUGUAGAGUAAAUUAUCAUGCUUUGAGGUUCACUGAUCCUAUAAAUAAAAUGGGUCAAAAGUUGGUCAACCAAAUGAGGAAGAUGGGCAAGCACUAUGUUGCUUUACACCUGAGGUUUGAACCUGAUAUGCUUGCAUUUUCAGGAUGCUAUUAUGGUGGUGGAGAGAAGGAAAGAAAAGAACUCGGUAAAAUACGAAAAAGGUGGAAAACUUUACAUAGCAACAAUCCGGACAAAGAAAGGAGACAAGGGAGGUGUCCACUUACACCUGAAGAAGUAGGUCUAAUGCUGAGAGCACUUGGAUAUAGCAAAGAUGUUCAUCUUUAUGUGGCUUCAGGUGAAGUAUAUGGUGGAGAUGACACAUUGGCUCCUUUGAGAGCACUCUUCCCCAACAUUCAUUCAAAAGACACAAUUGCCCCUAAAGAAGAACUGGAACCCUUUUCCGCCUUCUCUUCUCGUAUGGCUGCACUUGAUUUCAUUGUCUGCGAUGAAAGUGAUGUUUUCGUUACCAAUAACAACGGAAAUAUGGCAAAGAUUUUAGCCGGACGAAGGAGAUACUUUGGACACAAACCAACAAUCCGGCCAAACGCUAAAAAACUCUACCGUCUAUUCCUAAACAGAGAGAACACAACAUGGGAAGAAUUCUCAUCACGCGUACGAACACAUCAAAGAGGUUUCAUGGGUGAGCCAAAAGAAGUAAGACCCGGGCGAGGUGAAUUCCAUGAAAACCCCGCCACUUGUAUAUGCGAAGACCCCGAAGCCAAAUCAAAACUCGAAUCACUCCCUCGAAAAUUCGGUAAAAACAAUCUCAUCGACCCCACCGAUGAAUCAUUAGUCCCCGAUCAAGAUACCGAAAACGAAUCUGAACCGUUAGAUCAGGAUCAAGAUGAAGAUGAUGAUCUCAUCGGCCCUCAGUUUCAACAUUUAGUCAACGAUACAAGUCUCGAUGAUGAUCCUUUGAUAUCUGAAUUACCCGAACUUGAAGAGUUGCUUUCGGAUUAAAUAAUCCUGGUUUUAACUUUUAAGUUUCGUUUCAUCUCCAUGUGUGGAAUAGGUAUUAAAAGUACAAGUCAUGAAGCACAUGGUACAAGCAUCCACACCCAAUCCUGAAUUCUUCUCUAUAAUAUUUGUUGUUUCAUUAAUAAUAUUACCGGGUUAUUAUCCUUUUACCCAAGAAAAAACCAUGAACCCUAAACCCUGGACUGUACAGAAGGUUAAUGCUCACCGGGGACUUAGGUUAAUUAGAGUUGACAGAAGACAAGGAAUACAGCGGUUUGGUCCCUGACUAAAAGGGUAUUGUUUGAAGGUUUUGGCUUUGGUUUACUUUAGGUUUUUUGAGGGUAACUUUGUAGAAACGUGUUGGUAGACUUUUUUAAAUAUCUUUUAUUGUAUUUUUUUUUGGUGUUUGUGGUAUAUUUGAUGGCAAUGUAGGAAUGUAUGAAAGUAGACAGAUUUUCGUUUUUGCAUUUUGUGAGUAUUUUCCUUGUAAAAUGUUCGUUGGCUGUGUUUUUAUUUUGUGGGUU